AGCAACUUCUAUACUUUUUACUUCUCUUCUUCAGCCUGGUGCUUUCUCAUAAUCUUAUUUCCUAACCAAUCUCAUUUCCUAACAACUCGAGUUGAGCUCGAUAUAUAAUCAGCAAUCAUGUACAUCACACAGUUUGCACUUAUCGCUGCUCUGACAGCCUCGGUUUUGGCCCAUGGUGUCGUCACUGAGAUCCAGGGAGCCAACGGUGUCAACAUGCCUGGUCUUACAGUCGCCGACGGUACACCUCGUGACUGCUCUUCCAACGGCUGCGGUUCUCAGGCAGAUACCGCCAUCAUUCGUGACCGCGAGAUCGCAAGCGGCAAGGCGACUCCUCUCGGACGCACACAAGGCAAUGGCCCUGUAGACGCCUCUAUCAUGGUCGCGGCCUUCAUGGGAGCUGGCGCAGCACCGCCUACUAACCAAGGCGCUUCCGGCAGCGUUGGUGUCGAGGACAACAUCCCUCAGAACGGUCAAGGUCGUGCUGGUGCCGGUGCUCGUAGGCGUCAGCUGUUCGGACUCUUCGGCGGAGGUGCCGGUGGAGGGGCUGGCGGUGCUGGUGGCGCAACCGGCAUUGCAGGUCUUCUUGGUGGAGGUGGCACCAAGGCCGAAGGCCCACCAGAGGCUCGCGUUGCUGCUGCUCAGGGAACAGGUGCUACCAGCGGUCUUCCUACUUGCGCAGACGAUGGCACAGUCACCAUGACACUCCGUCAGAUCAAUCAAGAUGGUGCCGGUCCAUUCACUGCCGAUGUUGAUGGCACCAGCGGAGGAACCGACGAAGCAGCUAUGCAGCCUGCAACUGUUACCAAGGACGUUCCCGGUCUUGGUGUUCAGGGUAUCUCUCUGGCUACCAGCACCGAGUUCGAGAUGAAGGUUCAGAUGCCCGCAGGUAUGACCUGCGAUGCUACCGUUGCCGGAACUCCCAACGUUUGUGUCAUGCGCGUCCGCAACGGUGCCGCCGCUGGUCCCUUCGGUGGUAGUGUCGCUUUCACUCAAGGUGCUGCCGCCAGGAAGCGUGCCAUUGCUUACAGGCUGAAGAAGCGCAUGGAGCUUGCCCGCAAGCACUAAAUGGUUAGGAGGGCUGUUGAGCAGCUUUAACAAGGGGCUGGCGGGUUCAGCCUCUAUUCCAUUCUGGUAGCUGGAGACUACCAGACUCUUGUACCACAAUUACCGUAGAAUUAUGUUUAGACUAAUACUUUUACUCCGUACCCUUGUGGCCGGUUGCAAAAGUGCCGUCGGUGCGGUUCGAGCAAAGCGCUGAGACAUCGAUAUACACGAAGAUAAGUGACUUGAACAGAUUCUUGAAUAUGAAACAACUAGAUGAUGUUUCGACAGAACAUGUCUGUAUGUGGUUGUUCGUGGG